AUGGAGGUCAAUGCAAUGAUGAAAGAUCAUGGUUUAGACAAACGGUCUGACACUUUUGACGACAGUGCCAGUGAUGUAACCACGGUUGUUUCGGCAAGUGUGAAAAUGAUAAAACAGAAGAAGAUGAUGAAUCAGCUGAUAUUGAAGAAGAAAAAGAUGAAGAUAGAGACCUUGAUGAUCAUGAUGUUAGUAGCGAGGACAGUGAAAGUGAAUCUGAUUCUCUUGAGGAGAAUUCUGAUGAUGAUGGUGCUGACUAUGGCCUUGGUAUAA